CGUGUGUCAUACCUUUAUUGUUUCUUUCAAAAUGAAGAAUAAAUUAUCCGUACCUAUAUGAAAAAAUAAUGUAAUCCACAAUAAAAUAGAAAUUAUAUUAAAAAUUUUCGUGUUGUAUUUUAAAUCAAUUUGUGUGUAGGUAACAAAAUGAUAAGUAACCCAUUCAGAUGCUGUGGUCUCGUGAAACAUAGGAACCAUGGCAUGUUUGCAAUCAGUAACACUAAUUUUGGACAAAUCGUAGCAGGGUUGGGUUUCAAGAACUACUCCCAAGAUAAGGGCUCAUGCUGCAAGGAUAUAGCUCAGACCGAGGGUAGGCAAGUGGAACCAUGGCCGAAGGCUGACUCUCCACCUCCAGCGUGGAGAUAUGAAUGUCCCAAAGAACCUCAGCCUUCUAACUACGACCCUUACAGGAUUAAAGUGCCAGACGUUGUAGUUCCACCUCUUCCUGUCAGUAAUGCAAAGCCAAUGUUAGAAUGUGCCAAGACGAAAGGUCCGUGCUCCCUGAAGAUAGUUCCUGAUGCGCCACCAUGUCCGCCUCCACCGCCAAGGCCGUUCCCCUGGAUAUACGUCUGGGUGGUGGCAUCUUUCUUCACCACAAUGGGAGUGAUUUACAGAAUAUACAUUUGGAAGGAAGAACAAGAUAAACUGGGAGAAAAUGUACCAAUAUGGCGACCACGUCGUAAGAUCAAGCGGCCGUAUCAUGACAAAGAUCUGCCUGCGUGCGUCCAAUACCUGAUUGUAGGUGCUGGUGCAGCGGGCUGGGCCGCCUACAGAGCCAUCAUGGAACACGAUAAAACAGCUAAGGUCUUCUUCAUAACGAAAGAAGAUGUCUUGCCGUAUCGACGCCCGCCAAUGUCCAAGCACAUGUGGUGGAACCCGGAGCCACCUGAUAUUAAGAACCUGAAUUAUAUUGAGGAGGGCAAGAGAUACACCAUGUAUUUAUCCGAAUGCCACAAGUUUAUGGAUCCGAUAAAGUUCUACCGGAAAAAGGUGGGCCCGGCCUUGUCUAUAGCAACCGGUUGGUGCGUGCUGCGGGUGGAUGCUAGCGAGCACGUGGUGUAUAUAAAGACGAUGUGCGGCGAACAACCGAUGUAUUAUGAACGCUGUCUUCUCGCCCCUGGUUCCAAAGCCAAGACCCUUGGAAUAUUCAAAUCGGCACCGAAAGCAGUCCGCGACCGCGUGUGCACGUUUCGUACCAUCAGGGACUUGGAGAUCGCUUACCGGAAGGUGAAAGAUGCCAAGCACGUGGUGAUACUUGGAGGAGGCUGUCUGGGUUGUGAAUUGGCUUGGCAUCUCGGCCGUAUGAAUAAAGAUGUAGAACGACCUGAUGAUCAAGAGGCUACAGAGUUCGUACACAUGUUCAAGGACAAAGGCAUACUGUCGAGUAUACUGCCGGAGUAUCUUGGCGAAUGGGCAGCUGAGAAAAUCAAAUCCGAAGGAGUUACGAUGAUGCAUUCAACUCAAAUAUACGACGCGUUUGAGACGCCCGACGGACGUCUGGAGCUGACGCUGUCGAACGGUACCUCACUAAUCACGGACUACGUACUGGUGGCAAUAGGCGCGGAGCCCCGCGUGGAAUUGGCUGAACCAUCAUUUUUAGAGCAAGACUUCAUUAAUGGAGGAUUUAAAGUCAAUACUGAGUUGGAGGCCAGAACGCAUCUAUAUGUGGCCGGUGAUGCAGCUAGCUUUUAUUCUAAAUGGAAGAAUACACGGUUACGCCUGGAGCACUACACCAACGCUGAGGAGCAGGGAUACGUGGCUGGAGCCAACAUGACCGGGUAUUGGGUGCCGUGCAACAUGGAGCCACAUUACUGGUUGCAACUCGGGAAUGCCAUUGAAAUGGAGGUGGUAGGAGAGAUAGGCGCGUGUAUGCCCACCGUAGGCCUGUUCAAGCAGUGCAACGAAGACGACACGCCAGCAAAGAAGAACGAAGCAGAAGUUGGCGACGGUGACAGACCGUGUUACAAGAAGAGUGAGGAGUAUCAGAACAGAUACAAACGAGGUCUGAUCUUCUAUUUGCGUGAUGAGACGGUCGUGGGAUUCGUGUUUUGGAAUAUGCCACCGAUUGAGGAUCGCAAAGAAGUAGCCACUGAGUUACUGCGUGCGAAACCAACCUAUAAAGAUAUAAAUUUAUUAUCCGAACUGCUUGGAUUCCCUGAAACACAAUGCGUCUACUUGACUGAAGAGGAGCUCAGAGAUCCAGGGCCUUGCAUUAAGAAUUGGAAAGUCUUUUGAUGUGUCAAUACAAUAAAAUAUGAAAAUUUCAAGAUAACUUGGAGAGUUUGAUAAUAUCAUAAGCAGGUUCAUGUAUAAAAUUGAUUCAGACCAAACAUUUGUUUAAAUAACAGAUAAAAAC